AUGGCUCAAAUGGAGGCUGCUAUAGCUCAUUUGAAUCGCCAGAGCUCGCUCAAUUACACAGAGGUAGCAAAGACCCAUGGAAUCGCUCCAACGACGCUGGCGCGCCGCCACCAAGGCCUUUCCGUCUCUCGAGCGGAGGCAACUUCCACCUACCACCAACGCCUGAAUAAUAUCAUCAAGAACCUUGCAGAGGAGAUAAUCAAGAGGCCCAUAGGAAAGAACUGGACAGCUAGGUUUAUCAAGCGCCAUUCCACUCGCAUUUGCAGUCAUUAUUUACAUCCUCUUGAUCGCGAACGUGCUUCUGCUGAGUCUAUUACUGUAUUUGAACGAUUCUACAAUCUUUUGACUAAGGCAAUUGAGAAGUACAAUAUUACAGCCGAAAACAUCUACAAUUGGGAUGAAAAGGGGCUUCUUAUUGGCCAGUCGAGCAUCAAAAAGAGGAUAUUAACAAAAGAGGCUUAUGAACGGGGCAGAAUCUGCUAUUCUCAAGAAGAUGGGAACCGCGAAUUCAUCUCCUUACUCGCUUGCGUCUGCGCCGAUGGAACUGCCCUACCUCCUGCUUUAAUCUAUCAAGGCGCUUCCAAUGACCUUCAAAGCAGUUGGAUGGAAGAUCUACAUGAGAGCGACAAGGCCUAUUUCACCUCUUCUGCAAAUGGAUGGACUUGUGAUGCUCUUGGGCUGGCGUGGUUGCGACUUUUUGACAAGAAUACCCGCUCAAAAGGCAGUCGUCGACGGCUAUUGAUUGUCGACGGACAUUCAAGUCAUAUCAACUGGUCUUUUAUCAAGCUGGCAGACUCUCUCCGAAUUCUCAUCUUCAUUCUACCACCACAUACAACCCAUCGCCUUCAACCACUCGAUGUUGGUCUAUUCAGUCCUUUGGCGCAGGCCUAUACACAAAGAUUAGACGCUGCACCCAACAACUUGGCCUAUCUGUGA